UCAAUUAUAUUCAUUUUCUGCACAGGAUAAUGACCAAUGUGUAGUGUAACUUAUGACCACCUGGAGGAGCUCAUAGAACACUAUGUGAUACAGUUCACUUUGGAACUGUAUCACAUAUGCAAAAUGAUAGACGCAAACUAUAGUGGAAUAUGAGAAAGAAUAAAGAAUAAAGGUUGUUAAAGUUAUGAACAAAGGUAGUAAUAGUUGACAGUUAUUCGUUUGAUAAAAACCUAAUCUAUAGGCCAAGUUGAAAUCUCAUUUAACAGAUGGACAAUGCUCCUCUCCAACUACACUUUCACUAGAAGUGCGCUCAAUUUUCUCAUGAGAUAACAGUGUUUAUUAGUAGUAUUAUUGUUAGUAGAAGUAUUAGCCAGUCUGUUAAAAACUAUGGAAUAUAAUAUUUUACUGGCUAUUAGUAUACUAUGUGGUUUCAGGAUAGUAACAUAACUGAAUACAUGAAAUACGUUAAGGAUAGGAUCAGACGGUAAGACGUUUAAUGCCGAUCAGUAGUUAGGAAGCAAGCAACCAAGGGAUUAAACUACAACUUGACAAUAUGGAAUCCUGCAUAUCAUAGGCGCACAAGGCAUGGGUCCGACUCCAAAAGGACAUCUAUAAUUGGUUCUCAAAACUCGCAUCAGUGGUCCUGCAUCAGUCUAUCAAUGACUACUGUGAUUUUAGCUUGUUCCUGCUGUAUAGGGCUAUUACUGAACAGACAAACGAACAGCAAUGGUAUGAACUAAGUUUUCUGAUAGAUGGGUUUUUGAUAUAUAUAUAUAUAUAUAUUGAAAAUACACACACACACACACACACACACACACAAUUAUAUAUAACGGUGUCUGUAAAACUAAAAUGAUUAUAAACAGAUGCAGAGGGCUAAGAGGAUUUGAGCCUGGACUUCACUACCCCAUGCGCCAAGAAGCCGAUUACAUCUCUUCUUAAUCAAGACAGAUCUAUGCAAUUCAAUCACUGUAACUUAUUUGGAGUGAAGUUUUUUUUUUUUUUUUUUUAAGAACCAGGUUAAUUGGGAGGGCAAUCGCAGAGGACUACCCGGUUGUAUAAAUUUUAACUCGCUAUAAGAAGCGCCUGCUGGAUUGGAAGCAACUCAGGUGAACUGCUUGCACUGCUCAAUAUAUAAAUAAGACUGUAUAUUUUCUCGAACACCGGGGUCCGAUACAUCAGCUUGAAUGUAUGUUGAUCACAGCGAUGCUGCAUCCCUUUACCCAAAUCUGCCCGUUAAAAGCGGAUAUAUGCAAAUCAAAGUAAAAUAACUGAUUCAGCUGAGACCAAAUAAAGAUGAGGUACCUCCAUUCAAUGUGUUUGAUUCUGGCACAUUGUUUCAUUCAUGUGGUUACAUAUGAAAAAACCCAGCUACCAACAACAGAGCUUAUAGAAUGGGGAGAAACAGACAAUGAGGAGGCAUUAGCUAACAGUGUUGCCAAUUCACCAAUUGUAAAUCCACUGCGACUUUUUGCAAGCGGGUCUCAAGAUCUCAAACAGAACAUAAAAGAAAAAACGCACUUAGAAAAUGUUGAAGAUUUUUGGGACUGGCUAGCCAACAGAACAGACGUUCACGAAAACCAUGUUCGAACUAAACGCAGACCUAUAGUGAAGACUGGAAAGUUUAAGAAGAUGUUUGGAUGGGGUGACUUUCAUUCUAACAUCAAGACAGUUAAAUUAAACCUUCUCAUAACUGGAAAAAUCGUUGAUCAUGGAAACGGAACCUUCAGUGUUUAUUUUCGUCAUAAUUCGACAGGCCUUGGAAACGUGUCUGUGAGCCUGGUGCCACCAUCUAAAGUUGUAGAGUUUGAAAUCUCCCAGCAGUCAACAUUGGAAACCAAGGACUCCAAGGCUUUCAACUGUCGAACCGAGUACGAGAAAACAGACAGGGCCAAAAAGACAGCCCUGUGCAGCUUUGAUCCUUCCAAGGUUUGCUACCAAGAGCAAACCCAAAGCCACGUUUCCUGGUUGUGUUCAAAGCCGUUUAAGGUCAUAUGCAUCUAUAUUGCAUUCUACAGCGUAGACUACAAACUGGUCCAAAAGGUUUGCCCUGAUUACAAUUAUCACAGUGACACUCCCUAUUUUUCCUCAGGAUGAUAAAAUGUUCUUGCAUGUUCAUUGACCUCCUAGAUUUCUCAUGCAAUUCGGGUAUAAUAGGAUCUAACUUAGUUUUAUGGAUUAGCACCAAUAAUAUUAGUUUUUGUCAUUUGCUUGAUGUAGGCUUACUCAGAGAGGUUUGAGAAAAGACACUAUGUGACCAUCUCUCAUGAUGGAUUCUGGACACGAGAAGUUAAAAUGGACUUACUUUUGUAUGGAAUUACUUAUUUUGUUUUAGUGUGGUACUUAAAAUGAUGAAGGAAGCUUUUAAAAAUGUAUUAGGAAACUGCAUUUAAUCUGGUAAAACUGGUAAGUCAUUGGUACAGUAGAUUUAUGUGCUCAUUAGAGAAUAAAGAACUGCUGUUAACAAUCAUCUGUCAGAUGUAAAUCCUGUGCACCCUUUCAAAUAUGUAUUCACUGAUGGAUAACAUGUUUAAUACUGUAGCUAGCUUCAUGCCAAGUAUUACUCAAUUAAAACUCCUAUGUAUUACUGCAAAAAUAAUGUAUAACACAAAUUAUCUAAUUGCCUCUUAUUAAUGUGUUACCCUGGCUUUAAAUGCUCUGUAAUAACUUGUCCUGGUUAUCAAAUCUUUCAAAAUCAAUACUUUGUUGCAAGGACAGAUAUGUCAAGAGGAAGUCUAGGACAAAGUUUAUUUCAUUAAGUCUAAUAUUUUGACAGUAUUGCAAACACAUACACAGGCUUGUCAUUCAUAGGCUUUGCAAUUAACGUAAUUAUCGGGGAUAUAUGACAGUGAAGAUGAGAAUGCUAAUUUGAUAACUUUAUGAAUAUAAGUAAUGGCAACAUUCCAAGUUGUCUGGGAUUUCUUGUUUGUUUGUUUGUUUUAUCAUUAAUAUUAUUUCAGAGCCAAUUGGUGCAGAAAAGUCUCUGCUGCCAGGAAAAACAAAACAAAACAAAAAACAUAAACCCCUUCCUCUCCUUAACUGUCAAUUUCACCUCAUACCUUUAACUUAAUCCUAAUCUUAAAGUCACUAUCAGAUUAUAAAUCUUCAAUCCUCUGGGGGGGUGAUUAUAAUAUACAUACAAAUACUGUAAAUAUAAUACGGUAGUUCUCAUACAGUGUACAUAUAUUGAUUGUGAUCCAAUAAUGUCACAUUUCUUUGUACCUCAUAAUCGUUUAUGCAAGCCACAUGUAUCACGGUUAGGCACAAUUUGUCUUCAGAUGUGGAUUUACAGAUUAACAGUAAUAGUCGGUAGUAAAAAAAAAAAAAAAAAAAAAAACGCUAAAAAAAGUUGUGUAUAAUUUUUAUUUUGUCUUAACUUUUGAUAUCCUGAGAUAUCAAAAAAUUGUGUUGGUGACCAUUAGACAUUAGACUUAUGAUGAUGUACAUUCAUUUCAGUUGUUUAUAACCAGUACACAUAAAUAUAACUAAUUAUUAUUAUAGCUGAGAUAUAUAAAAUAAUAUUUUGAAUGUUAAAGUUGCAUUUUUAGUGUUACAUUUAGCGUUUUCUUUAUAGAUUGUAUCAAUGUUCCAUCUGAUCAGAAGAAUCACAAUGAUCCUUUUAUGCUUAUUUCUUUUCGGCUAAAAUAAAUUUGUGUUUGUUAAA